UUUAAACAACUUCCGGUUCCGCUUCCGUGUGUAGUGUCAAAUGUUAGAAGAGAAUCCGUGUGAAAAUGGAAGGGGAUACAGCUUCUCUAAACAUCUUUGGGGAAAGUAAAGCAGGAUAUGUCCUGAGUAAUGUUGCCGAGGUCGUGGAGCGGAUUUUGACAUUUGUGCCGACUAAAAAUCUCUUCCGGAUAGCAAGUGUGUGCAGGCUAUGGAGGAAUUGUGCACGCAGAGUCCUGAGGAUGAGGCAGAGAUUUACCUGGCUCUCCGCCUCUGGCUCAUCCAUAUACGAGGAGCAUGUUUUGCUUAGAUCUAUGGCACAAGACUUGGAGAAAAUCUGUCUGCUGCCCCAGACAGCUCUCGUAAUGGUAAAUCAUGAGAACUUCAGAGGGUCUGUUAGUAACAGACACAGGAAGGCCAGGAGGUGUGAGGAUGAAGUGGAGCCAGAUCCUCUUAAGAAGCUGAAACGCUUACUACCUAGCAGUUGUGACAUACUAGGCAUAGUCGCACCAGGAACUGUGGUGACCCCCAGUGGUUCACCCAGCAGCCCCCCACAGGAGCAUGAGGAGGGUGAAGCUGGCUUCAGUCUGCUUUUCUCUGCCAUGGAUGGGAUCACCAUCCGGCCAUUCCACUUCUGCAAAAAGACCCUCAGUGAAACGGCAAUGCAGGAAGCAGGGUUGAUUAAUAACCCUGAUCUAAAGGUGGUGCUGUUGUUCGACUACGACACCUAUAAAUCUGGAGGUGGACGUUUUCUUAACAAGCUUCUGGAACCGCUUUCCCAAAGUAAUGUACUUAUUGUUGGAGGACAAGUUGAGGAUGUCUUUUCCAUUAACAUAAACUGCUGUCCUCCGGGCUCUUUUGGGGCAGUAGGGCUGACUUUCAGCGGCUCCAAGAUCCAGGGUGCCUCGGUUCUAAUAGAACAGGACGUAAACAGCCCGAAAGCAGCAGAAGCCACUAUCCAGCGACUGAAGGCUGCUAAUAUCCCAGAGAAAAACACCGUGGGCUUCAUGUUUGCUUGUGUGGGCCGCGGCCACAACAUGUACAAUGACCAGCGUAACGUGGAGGCUGACGCCUUUCGGAAGAUCUUCUCCAACAUUCCGCUCUUAGGAUUCUUUGGAAACGGGGAGAUCGGCUGCGACCGUAUUGUCAAAGAGAACUACACAUUGAGCGAGACAGAUGCUGAUGGACUACAGCACUCUUUUACUACAGUCAUGAGUCUGGUGCAUUUUGGCUAACACAAACUCUUGUACUGCAAGUGACUAGAAAACCACUAGUUAACAUGAAGAAGUUUCAGGACAGACACCGGCUGCUUGUUUAAGUUAACGGAGCAGGUCCGAUGUUGAUCAGGUGUAUUUCUUCUAGGUUCUUUCCCUUGACUUAUUUUCUUUAAAUCAGAAUGUCAGAGGGACAUUUAGCAGUUUUUUUGCAAAGAAUAUUUACAAGAUUGCAAUGUAAGAGCCCCUGCUGUGAACUAAAAGUGGCGGGUACAAUUCUUACACCUUGUUUGUUAAGGUCAUUACUUACAGAGCGGCUGUGAAGAACAGUUAAGAUUUAGUUUGAAUGGCAUGGUGCUAAACCUUGACUUUAGACUUCAGUUAUAUGUUAACUCUCUUUGUGUAGAGCAGGGCUGAAAUCUGUCAGCUGAUCAGAUUUCUUGUGGGCUCACUCAGGCUUUAUACCAUUCAUUCAGGCAUUUUUGAAAUAAAUUAAAAGCCAACUGUGAUGGAAUAGCUAAUGAUGAUAGCCGUUUAUCAUUAACAAUUACAUAGACUGUCCUAAUUGUCACAUGGGAUUCCAUAACAAGUGCUAUAAAACGGUACAGUAAAAGUAUUAACAAUAGAAGAUAGUACAGAAUUAUUUUCUUAAACUUAUCCGCACUUAUCUAUAUACAGUAACAAUGGACGUACUAGCAGGUCGAAAUGCCAAGAUUAGCGUACUAAGGGACAGAAGUGGAAAAAGUGGAAUUUCUGUAUAAUGUAUUUGGGUAUUUACUCUGCCUGUCCCAAUAUUAUAAAUUCAGCAGGGUAAUCCGCCAUUUCUAUGUUCAUCAGCUAAGUUCUUGUUAAAGGUUAAUCAUUUAUUCUUUGUGCUAGCUAAAUAACACCAUGUUUAUCACAGAUGAGUGAGAUUUCAUAGGGUUGUUUGCCUUUGGAGAUAUAUUUUUUGCAAUAUUUAAAAGAUUGAUUCAAACAUUGCUGUUGCCAAAUCUCUUCCCCACCCCCCAGUUUUGUUCUGAUCAGAUACAUAAUACAUGGCUUUUGUCUUGCCUUUGCUUUAAGGAAAAUAUGUUUUACUACUGUCAUGUAUUUUUAUGCCAGUGUGUUAAUUUUUUUCUUUACUGUCAAAAUAUCUCUCGUCUACAUGUGCUGCUGAAAACCUUGAGUCGUCUAGUUUUCGGCCCAUGUCUGCAUUUAAUUGAUCUGACAUGUAUAUAAUAAAAUCAAUGAUGUCAUCUGUCA